AUGACUGUAAACGGUGGAAACAAUAUUGAAAAUAAUCUUAAAGGAAUCGGCUAAUAAAUUUCUAAAGCCAAAAGCCUAAAGAAACAAAAUAGGGGUAGAGGUUUAUAUGAUUCUGAAAGCAGUCCUGGAAGAAAUUCAAAUUAUUUGAGUAGCUAAACCCAUCAUAGUCCAAAGUAAUUAUCUCCAGGGAAGAUGAUAAGCGAUUUGAGUUAUGAUCUUGAGAAAAUUUAAGAGGAUGAAGUUAGUGUAAGUUAAUUUGAAAUGGAAGAGGAAUAGUCUAUUUAAACAAAAAGAAAAACAACUAGAAGAAAUACCUUAAUUGAUAAAAGAACUGAAAAUUAUUCGCUUUUGAAAAAUCAGAAUAAUAUCAUAAUAGAAGAGCAACAUGACAACUAUUCAAGUGGCACGUAACUCGGCAAUCAAACCGUAUAACAUAGAAUAUCAAAUCAUGUCGUGGUUGAGCUGAUUGAUAAUGGAGAGAGCAAUGAAGGGACUUUAACAAAUAAAGUUAUUACCGAAAAGUAUAGACUUUCAUCAUUCAUUAAUCCAAAUGGAUAAAAAUCUAGAAAACACAGUCAAAUCAUCAUUAAUAAUAAUAGCAGGAUUUCUAAAUAACUAUCAAACCAACAAUACAAAAUUCAUAAUUAUAAAGCUAAAGGCAGAUUUAAAAAUCCAAAUUUGAUGCUGAAAAAUAAAAUUAAGAGAUAAUUAACUAAUAUUGAAUCUAAUUUGGGAUCAGAAACUGCUGGAAACUAAGCAUUCACAAAUGAGCAGCUCCUAUAAUACAUUUCUUAAGGGUAAUCAGGAAAGACAUCUGAAUCUGAUCAUCCUACUCUGGUUACAUUAGAUCUUGCGCUAAAUCUUAUUAAUGCUUCUCUAGAGACCUCUUUAUAGUAAUUUUCAGAAACACUGCAAACUAAGAUGGAUGAUUAAAAAGAUAAAUUAGAGCAGUAUUUCAAUGAAAAGUUUGAUAAAGACAUUUUUAAACUAGGAGAAAGAUCUAGCUUGCAUGAUAAUCUAUUAGAAGAGCUUAAGCUGAUGUAUCAUAAACGUAAACGAGAAAAAUCUAACUUAUAAAUUGAACUUGACCAUCUUAACAGAAGAGCUCUAAAAAUUGAAGAGACAAUUGUUAAGUUUGAAGCCUAGAAUGAAAGAAAAUUGGUAAGGAUGUAAAAUAGAUUUGCAGAUGACAUUAAUGACGUUAGAAAAUUGGUUGAUGAAAUGAAAUAAGAAUCAUAAUGUGCUUCAAUAAACCGAAGUCCAAGAUAUAAAAAUUUGAGUAGAAAUAAGAUAAACAAUAGACUUCAAAGUGCUCCAAAUGAAGAGUAUUUAAAAUCUCUAGCUUAGCCUAAGCCUAGAACUAAUGGAAAUAAAGAGCCAGUUCCUCUUAACUUAAAAACUUAGAUCAAGCAACUAACAGAAAUUACAACUAAUGAAACUCACUACGAAACUUUUAACACAUUAAAUUCCUAUAACAUUACUAUUCCAAAUAAGAAAUAAGACUUAAAAUAGCUUGAAACAAGUGAAUCUGAUCCAAAUUAGUUUAAAAUAACUGAAUUUGGGAUUAGUGAUGCAUCUCCAAGCUACAAUAUGAAUGUCCAUUCGAUGGAUAUCUUGGCUCCUAUUCAUCACAGAGAAAGAUCCUCAAGAUUGCUAUAAAUAAGAAAAAGAAAUGAUGCUUUAGACGCAAUUAUAUAGCCAGAGGAAUUUAAUCUUCCAAACGUUUAAUCUCAUAAUCAAACUUUCAGUCAUCGCAAAAGAACUGAUGAUAUGUCGUCUCCAAAAUUAAGUCAGAGAGAAACAGCUAGAUUAGCAACAAAUGCUAUUAACUUAGUCUUUUAGCUAAAUAAAGAUUCUGGCAGAAAUGAAAUUAAAGCUAAAGACCUUGUUAGGGAGGAAUCAAGUGAUCUUUACAAAAGCAAUCCCUUAUUGUUAUAUGGAUAUAAACCACUUUCCUCAUUCAAAAAGAAGCGCUUGGUUUCCUCUAGAAUAACAAAAAUAUGA